GCAGGAGCAGUCGACGUCAAAAGAAGAAGGAGCCGCCGGAAUUAAGUGUAAGAGAAAAAUGCGCAAUUAUCUUUGGUGGUGGUUGCUUCUAGUUGCCUGCUGUCUUAAUCUGGGCAGCAUCAAGGCCAAGCCACUUGUUUCCUUUGGCAUCGGAGUGCAGACAGCGUCGAGACCCUAUCCAGAGCCUUACUACAACAAUUACUAUGGCUACAAUGGCUACUAUGGCGGUGGCACGUAUUCGAAUAGAUAUCAGCCCCCCGGUUACCCCUAUUAUCCGGCUCCUUAUGCUCCUGCCAGUCAGUAUGGAGCACUCGACUUUGGCAUUGGGGCUUUGUCGUUAACCCCGUUUCUGCUUUGAUGGUCACAUACACACACACACAGCGGGACAUCAGUAGACUGAAUAUGUACUAAAGAAAAUGUGCGAAAUUUGUGGCAAUGUGUGAAAAGAAAACAGAGAAAAACUGAACCAACUAAUAAACACCACAAACAAGUCCUCUCUCUUAUGCGUUUUACUUCAAUUCAGCAACUGCGACUCAGACUGCGGCAACUUUGUUAAGCUCCACACGGUGUGGCAUAGACCCAAACAACGGUGGUCAACAGGUGUCCAAAUCGCUGCUACGUGACAUUGUUACACAUUUCCCAGUUUCGCAUUGACCUUGGCCUCUGCUUCGCUGCUCCGCUGCUCCAAUGCUCCACUGAAACACUUUCGUUAAAUAGCAGGCACUAAAGACUUUCGGCUCAAGUCGAAGAUUUCCCCCAUCGUGAAGGUCACGGAAAAGUAAAUAAAUAAUGUUUCAAUAAAUUGUAUAUCAAUUGAGGAAGGUUGUUGUUAAAAAUCAUUGAGGGGAACUUUUGCUGCGAUGACGCAAAUGUUGAUGUCUAUGACAGGGAAAGGUCUUUAGGUUCAGUACACUUGCCAAGAGUAAAGCUAAAAAGUGGAGAGAGUGAUGUAAAACAUGACAACCAUAAAUAUGGA